ACUCGCACGCACCCUCUCUAUCGAUUGUUUGGGUAUCAGAGAAAUCAGAGAGAGUGGAACAAUGGACGAUGCUGAAACCAAAGGAAGAAUUGAGGUAACAGUUCGUAAGAUAUUGCAAGAAUCAGACAUGGACGAGGUUACUGAGUCGAAGAUUCGAAAGCAAGCUUCCAACCAACUCGGCCUCGACCUAUCUCAACCUCACUUCAAAGCCUUCGUGAAGCAGGUUGUGAAGGCUUUUCUCCAAGAGAAACAAGAAGAAGAACAACAACAAGACGAAGAAGAAGAGGAGCAGGGAGGUUCCAAGGACAAGGAGUACGAUGAUGAUGGCGAUCUCAUCAUCUGCAAGCUUUCAGAGAGGAGAAGGGUAACUAUUCAGGAUUUUAAAGGGAAAACAUUGGUCUCCAUUCGGGAGUUUUAUAGAAAGGAUGGCAAGGAACUUCCUACUUCCAAAGGGAUAGGUUGGAGAUUUUGGAUUCUCCUCAUUCAUUUCCGAUGCUAUCUCAAGGCAUUCGAUGGGACUGUUUAUGUUGAUAUCAUGUUGUACACUGUUUCAUGCAUGCCUUCCAUAUGCAAUGCAAUGAAAUAAAAGGCAUCGGCCUUGUCUGUAAUGUCUGACUGCAGUUUUGUUUCAAAUGCCUUCAGUUCAACUUCUGCAUUUUCAGACGAAUGUCUAGUUGGACACCUCAAAAGUAGAAGUUGGGGAUUUAGUUAUGGAUUAGGUUUAGCUUUUUCUAGUAGGGCUCUUGUCAUACUCCAUUUGGUAUCUAAGAAACAUUAGGAUCACAAAUGGGUUGGAAUUCCCUCACCCAGUAAUACUCCAUUGUGUUAAUAAGACUGGUUUAUGUUUAUUCCUUAUGCAGAUCAGUAGUGUCUUGAGUUCAAACUACCUGCUUUCAAUUUAGGUUUGGCUUCAGCUUUAAUUGGUGUACCCUGGCUUUGCCAUGUUGCCAAGUUGACUUGAUAGAAGCCUCUGUUGUAAUUGGCAUGCCAAAAUUUGCAGAGUUAAGAACUUCAUUUGUAUCUAAGCAUGCAAUUGUUUAUGCGCAUAUAAACCUAUUUGGUGUUGCAUUCCUGUGUGAUGCAAAACCUAUCCCUAUCAUGCAGUAAGAUUAGUAUUGUUCUACAUUUGAUUUUGUCAACCUUAUGCCUUGCUAGCUGUAAAAAUACUCACAUGUAGAUUAUAAACAGAACUUUCUACU